AGCGUGUGGAGAAGGUGCUGCACUCUUUCUCUGAGCAGGUUUAUCAACACACCAUGGUGCUCAGCACACAAGAAACCACAGAAACCAAUGACAUCCUACAGACAAUCAUUCAGAAAUGUGCAAACAGACACUUCAGUCUUCAGAGAAGCAGCUCUCCUGAUGAUCUUCUGCAGGCGUUUGAAGACAUCGUGAAAAUGAAUGACGGACGGCACCUGGAGUUCGCUGAAGGUUCACAGUAUUUCACAUUGGAGCAAGGAGCCACAGGAAGACUUUCAGAGGCUGUGAAGCUGAAUCUGGUCGUGUGCGGGAGCGACGGGACGUUAAAAUCCUCCGUAUCAGAGCAGAUCCUGCAGCAGACAGACGUGGAGCUUCAUGGACGUGUGAUCAGUGUAAUAGUGCUUCCGGCUCUGACUCGGCUCUCAGAGGAGCAAGUGAUGCGUCAGACUCUCCGCUGUGUGUCUCUGUGUCAUCCUGGAGUUCAUGCUUUCCUCCUCAUUAUUCCUGACGCUCCACUGACUGAUGAAGACAAAGCUGAAACAGAGAAGAUCCAGAGGAUCUUCAGCUCCAGAAUCAACAAAAACAUCAUGAUCCUCAUAAAGCAGAGCUCAGAGCAUCAGACAGCAGAACUCAAUGAAGAAACACAGUCUGUCAUUGAGAGGUUCGGAGGACAACAUCAUUUCUUUGGUCCCAAAAUACAAGUGUCCACAUUGAUGGAGAACAUCGAGCAGAUGCUGGAAGAAAACAGAGGAGAGUUUUACUCCAGAGACAUUUCUGGAGGCGCAGAUGAAAAAACUGAUGAAAUAUGAAGAGAUGAAGAAGAAAAUCAACUCACUAGAGACACAUUUACUGUCACAAGGUAAUGAG